CUUCUCAGUGCUUCCCAGCCAUUCUUGUCUAGGCUAUCACAGCCAUAGCGGCAAAACGACAUCGUCGGGUUUCUCGGUCGAUCGGUCGACGGGAUUUUUUCCAUGGCCGAGAUCUACUAGUGCAAAGGUAUUGGACCAUGACAACACCGUAACAUAGGAGGGAAAGGGCGAGUUCAAGCGAUGAGAUCUCUGCUUCAUACGCUACCGUCUUCUAAACGCUGAGAUGACCAAGGCCACCCACUACCUCGUAGUGACCUACCCAUCAUGGGCUCAUGUCCGGACUCAGAUCGCAUUGACCAACUCGCUCCUUCAACUGAACCCAGACCUUCAUGUGACGAUGCUCAUUCCUGCUAAACGAUCCAAGGCGGUGGCUCUGGAGAUGGCUCAAUACGACGCCGUGUCUGGCGAUAGACUUCGAACCAUUCAUUACGGUACCGAUGAACAGGUCGAAGUGGGAGGCAUGUGGAACCCACACGGGGGAUUCAGAGAAGAAUGUCAAGCUCAGCUAUACCCUUUCACAGAUGCUAUCGUCAAACGGGAGAGCAUGACGGAUCCCAUCACCGGCGAGCAGGUCAUUCCUCAUGACUUGCCAUACGAUAUCAUCAUCAGCGAUGUGACGCUCAUCAUUUGGUCCAACAAGGUCAAGCAACAGGUCAGCGAGUUGACUGGGAAGGCACCAAGAUUGAUCAAUUCCUGCCCUUAUGAUUCGGCGUUUCUCUUAUUCUUUCUCCCGCUCAACGGCGACUAUCAUCGACGACUCGCUUUGGCCGCAGACGGAGCUGCAGGUGAUAGCAAAAAGUUCCAAGAGCUUGCGGCGGAGCAUAUCCUCAACAACUCAGAUAUCAAGGACGAUGUACCUGGGCUGUGGCCGGUUCACUUCUACGAGACGUGCCCUGUGGCCAAAGAGUCGAUGCUCAAUUUUGGCCCCAUGGUCGCCAGGAUGAUCGGACUCUUUCAUUCAUACACGGACGCCUUUAUCGUAUCGUGGCCAAAAGGACUUGGCGAAGAGGCACAAGCGGAUCUCGACCGACACUUUAAGCACGUCUACCAAGUUGGACCUCAGCUGCCUCCCGUUGUACGGGAUGAAUGGUCUGUCGAGGCGAAGCAGGGCGAGUGCAAAGAGUAUCUGGACUCGUCCCCAGAGCGCAGUGUCAUUUACAUCAGCUUUGGCUCGGUGCUAUACGCGCCCAGCCUUGACCAGAUCGGAACUCUGCUCGAUGUAUUCGAAGAAAUUGGCUCAAGGUAUAUCAUCGCGGAAGGGAAUGCCCCGGCCGAGAUCAAGACUAUGCUUCGAUCGCGGGUCGGACAGGGUUUAGAUAAGGGUCUGUUUGUCACUUGGGCUCCUCAAAGGGCCAUCCUCAGUCACAAGGCCACCAAGUUGUUCGUGACCCAUGGAGGAAGUAACAGUGCAAUGGAGGCAAUGUUGUUCAAAGUGCCAAUGAUCCAAUGGCCAUCCAGUCGCUAGAAAUGGCGUCAUUGUCGAAGGUACGACAGAAGCGCUGAAGAAAGAGCUGCAUAGCGUCUUUGGGGAGGAGGGUCAAGAUCUCAUCUCAGCACUCAG